UAUUUUGAGGUUGUACCUUAAAGCGUGACUUUUGAGUGUCGGCAAAAUGACACUGUUCAUCGGGGCGAGUAAAUGCUUUCCGUUGUGUAUAAAUUCCGUAUCAGACUAGCUGAUAAUUAAAACGGAAGCCUGCGUGAUUCCAUUUGUUUUCGUGUUGUGGUGAAUAAUAAGAAAUGAGCUGACAUUGCUCCGUCCAGUCCUUCUUCUGUUCCUCCAGUAUGAGUGAAGCUUAUGUCAUCCUAAGGAAGGAGCUUGGGAGAUAAGAAAAGAUUAGAGAUGUCUGUGAGAGCCUUGCAGACUUUUAGCAAGAUGAUUUGGGGGAGGUAUUUGUUAACUGCAGGGCUACAGGGCUGCAGGUGUAGACUGAGCUGUCAUCUGAAGAGACACUACAGCGUUCUUCCAGAUGAUGUCAAAUCUCUGCGUGCUGUGGUCAACCCUGAUAUAUCCAAGAUCCGAAACAUCGGCAUUAUGGCUCACAUUGACGCUGGAAAGACCACAACCACAGAGAGGAUGCUUUAUUACUCUGGAUAUACAAGGGCAUUAGGAGAUGUAGAUGACGGGGAUACAGUCACAGAUUUCAUGGCUCAAGAGAGGGAGCGUGGCAUCACCAUCCAGUCAGCUGCAGUCACGUUUGAUUGGAAAAGUCACAGAAUAAACCUCAUAGACACCCCAGGACAUGUUGACUUCACUCUGGAGGUGGAGCGGGCGCUUCGUGUUCUUGAUGGGGCUGUCGCAGUGUUCGAUGCAUCUGCUGGCGUUGAGGCCCAGACUCUGACCGUGUGGAGACAAGCAGAGAAGCACCACGUCCCCUGUGUCUGCUUCCUGAAUAAGAUGGAUAAGCCUGCUGCAAACUUAAGUUUCUCCAUUGAGAGCAUAAAGCAGAAACUGAAAGCCAAUCCAGUCCUGCUGCAGAUUCCCGUCGGCAGCGGCAAGAACUUCACAGGUGUGGUCGACCUGUUGACCAACCAGAAGCUCAUAUGGAAGCUGAAGUCUAUGAGAGACGAUGGACGAGCGUUUGAGAUCAAAGCUCUUGACCAGUCUGAUGAUCCAGAACUACUGCAGGUGGUCGAUGAGGCCAGGACAGCUUUAAUCGAGCAGGUCGCUGAUCUGGAUGAUGAGUUUGCAGAAUUGUUAUUAACCAAUUUUAGUGACAAUUUUGAUGCUGUUCCCUCCAUCAAACUACAAGAGGCUAUCCGUCGGGUGACUCUGGCCCGUAAAGGCGUCCCAGUACUCUGUGGAAGCUCUUUGAGAAACAAAGGUGUUCAGCCUCUUUUAGACGCCAUCACAGCCUACCUGCCUGCUCCCAACGAACGACACCAUGACCUGGUGCGGUGGUAUAAAGAUGAUUUAUGUGCGCUGGCUUUCAAGGUUCUGCAUGACAAGCAGCGAGGUCCUCUGGUGUUCCUCAGGAUCUACUCUGGCACUCUGAAACCGCAGACAGCGAUCCAUAACAUCAAUAGGAACAGCACUGAGAGGAUGAGCAGGCUGCUGGUGCCGUUUGCUGAUCAGCAUGUAGAAAUCCCCUCGAUGACAGCAGGAAACAUCGCAUUAACUGUAGGACUGAAGCAGACAGUCACUGGGGAUACCAUCGUUUCAUCCAAAGCGUCAGCAGCAGCUGCAGCUCGCCGAGCUCAGAAUGACAGUGGGGCGAAAAAGAAGCGAGGAGAACAUGCCGACAUCAUCCUUUCAGGAGUGGAGGUCCCUGAUCCAGUCUUCUUCUGCACCAUAGAACCACCCAGCAUGGCCAAACAGGCCGAUCUUGAGAAUGCACUCAACUGCCUCCAGAGAGAAGACCCCAGUCUUAAAGUCAGAGUUGACCCUGAUUCUGGUCAGACUAUUCUGUGUGGGAUGGGAGAGCUGCACAUCGAGAUCAUCCAUGACCGAAUCAGACGAGAGUAUGGCAUCGAGACUCACCUUGGACCCCUGCAGGUGGCUUACAGAGAGACCAUUCUCAAUGAGGUCUCCACUACAGAUACUCUGGACCGGACAGUAGGGGAGAGAAGACACGUAGUGACGGUGGAGCUGGCUGUCAGGCCCAUGGACAUCGCCUCUGUGGGUGGUUCAUGUGAAAUAACAUUCACAGAAAAACUAGAGGGACAGCUUUUACCAGGAGUGAAAGAGGCCGUGGAGAAUGGAGUACACAGCUCAUAUCUUCAAGGUCCUCUCCUAGGCUACCCUGUACAGGGUAUAUCUACACUGAUCCAGGGUGUUACAGUUGAGCCAGGAACGUCUGCUGCCAUGGUGUCAGCCUGUGUGUCUCGCUGCAUGCUGAAGGCCCUGAGGCUGGCAGGAGGGCAGGUCCUGGAGCCAGUCAUGUCACUGGAGGUGACUGUGGGAGAGGAACACCUCAGCUCGGUGCUGGGGGACUUAGCCCAAAGACGAGGAACAGUCAGAGAUAUCCAGAGUCGUCAUGACAACAAGGUGCUGCUUGCAACCGUGCCCCUGGCUGAGAUGAUGGGCUACUCUACCGUCCUCCGAACAGUAACAUCUGGCAACGCCACCUUCUCCCUGGAGUUGGACGCUUACGAGGCCAUGAACCUUCAGGAACAGAGCACUCUCCUUAAAAGAAUGGCUGGUCUGCUGUGAUUCCUUUCCCCCCCCCCACCAACACCUGUUCAGCACCGGAGGCCUUCUGCAACUGAGACAUGACACUUCUCCAGGACUUACUGUAUCAAACAGAUGUUACUAAUGAUAAGUUUUCCUGAGUAAAAUGCUACUUGCAGUGUAAAUAUCCAUUUCCAGUUACAGAUGGCAAUAUGAAUUGUGUCCCAUGUUCUUUGCUGAAAACAAAAUAAAAAUGCAACCAACUACA